AUGUUCGGGCUCACCCAGGACCAGGCGUAUGCUCUGCUGACGUCUGAGAAGACAGACGAACUCCUUGAAACCAUCAUCUCAGCGUACGAGCGGUGCAAGCGGCACCACGACUUUGUGGUGAUAGAGGGCACGUCCAUGCGCGAUGGCACCAACACCUCUCCCCUCAACGGCCUCAUCGCCUCCGCCCUUGAAGCCCCUGCCCUGCUACUCUCCGAUGGCCGUGCUGCCUCACAAUUCCACCCCAAGCACACUGAGUCAGGAGGCGUGUUUGAGGACUGGGACUGGGAGAAGGAGGCGGCGGGGUGCAUCCUGGACCAUGCGCGUAUCAUGAGGCAGUCGCGCGUCGACGUGGCGGGAGCACUCAUCUACCGCAUGCCCAAGACAUCCCGGGGGGCGGCAAGGCUGAGGGAAUACAUCACCCGCGCACACAUCCCCUUUGUGGGGGCCAUUCCCGAGGAUGUCUCGCUCGAGUCGUUCCAGGUGGAGGACGUGGCACGGGUGUUGAACGCGCAUGUGCUGUACGGCGACGUGCCCCACAGCAACAACAUGACCACCGAGGUCACGCGCACGCUCGUGGCCACGCUCCAUCUCGCAGACCUGCUCUCCUACAUCCCGCCCUCUGACGACCCGGGCAAAGGAGUCCUCGUCGUGGCUCAUGCCAGCCGCCCAGAUAUUCUGCUGGGGAUGAUCGACCUGCAUGAGACGCAUCUCAGCACCCAGGUGGCAGCCAUGGUGCUCACUGGCGGGUCGCCUCCCCCUUUGGAAGUUGAUAUGCUCAUUCGGAGCCGGCCCACGAGAGUAUCCCUCCCAGUGCUGCUGUCCCCCAAGGCCACACACGACACGUGCAUCGCCCUCACCAAUGCCCAGCCCGAGCUGCACGCCACGUCCCACCGCAAGAUCGAGCGCGCCGAGGUCAUAUUCCACGAGAACGUGGACAUGCGCAUGCUACACCAGGUGUUAUUCAAGGAGCGACCCCUCCGCAUGAACCCCAAGCUCUUCCAGCACACCAUCUUUGACAAGUCCAGAGAGGCGCAGUCCCACAUCGUGCUGCCGGAGGGAGCGGAACCGAGAACAAUCCAGGCAGCAGGGGAGGUGCUGCGGCGGUCGCUGUGCCGGGUGACCCUCAUAGGCCAUCCCGACGAGAUCAUCACCGCCGCCAAGCAGCUGCGCGUUGAUGUCUCUGGCGCUGACAUCGUCUACCCGCCCUCCGCUCCCAACCUGGAUCAUUAUGCUGAGCUGCUGUACCAAGCCCGCAAGGACAAGGGCGUGACCCUAGUGGAGGCGCACGAGCACAUGAUCACGGACCCAAACUACCUGGGUACAGCCAUGGUGGCAGCAGGCGAUGUGGAUGGCAUGGUGUCUGGCGCCGUGCACACCACCAUCGCCACCAUCCGCCCGGCUCUGCAAAUGAUACCCAAACUGCCCAACACUGCGAUCAUCUCGAGCGUCUUCUUCAUGUGCCUGCCCGACCACGUGUACAUCUACGGUGACUGCGCCAUCAACUCCAAUCCGACGGCUGAGGAGCUUGCAAUGAUCGCCAUCUCAUCGGCCGACACUGCUGCUGCCUUUGGCGUGGAGCCGCGUGUUGCGAUGCUGUCGUACUCCACUCUGGACGAGCGCAAAGAAGACACCAUAGUGCAGAAGGUGGUGCGGGCAACGCAGCUGGUGAAGCAGCAGCGGCCGGACCUGCUGGUGGAGGGACCCCUGCAGUACGAUGCUGCUGUCAACCCCAUGGCCGCCCACAAUAAGAUGGACGGCAGAGAGUCCGACGUGGCCGGCAAGGCCUCAGUCCUCAUAUUCCCAGACCUCAACACAGGCAACAACACCUACAAGGCCGUGCAACAGGCCACAGGAGCCAUCGCGAUGGGACCGGUGCUGCAGGGGUUGAGUCGGCCGGUGAAUGAUUUGAGCCGUGGGUGCACCACCAAGGACAUUGUGCAUUCGGUGGUGUGGAACUGCCUCGGCGAGAAGCUCGGGUCAGGUUCGGUGGACCAAACCAUUCGCGUGUGGCAAGUGGAUCCGAGCGGCCAAUCAAACUCCAGCAAGCAUCGGGAGGUGGAGUUGAGGGGCCACAGCGAGAGUGUGGACAACCUGUGCUGGGACCCCCUCCACCCUGACCUCCUUGCGUCUGCUUCUCAAGACAAGUCCGUGCGCAUCUGGGACACACGAUCGGCCAGGUGUCAGCAGAGUGUGACUCUAAAGGGCGAGAACAUCAACGUCACGUACAAGCCUGAUGGCACGCACAUCGCUGUGGGCAACAGCGCGGACGAGUUGACUAUUCUGGAUGUGAGGAAGCUGAAGCCUAUCCACAAGCGCAAGUUCACCUACGAGCUGAACGAGUUCGCGUGGGACCGAACAGGGUCCAUCUUCCUUGUCACAACCGGCACAGGUGCAGUGGAAGUUUUGGGUUACCCCUCCCUGCAGACACUAGACACCCUGCACGCACACACAGCAGGGGUGUAUUCGCUGGCCAUUGACCCCCUUGGCAGGUACUUUGCAGCGGGCAGUGCAGACGCACUGGUGAGCCUGUGGGACAUGCAGCACAUGCUGUGUGUGCGCACCUUCACACGAUUAGAAUGGCCCGUACGCACUGUCAGCUUCAGCCACGAUGGGCGGUAUCUCGCGUCUGCUAGUGAAGACCUCUUUGUUGACAUUGCGGAGGUGGAGACGGGGCGGUCGGUGCAUCAGAUCCCAUCCUGGGCGGCGAUGAACAGUGUGGAGUGGAAUCCCAAGCACCUGCUCCUCGCAUAUGCCUCUGACGACGAUGGCAAGCACUCAUCCCCGGGUGUCUUCCGUGUCUUUGGGUUUGAUUCGCCUUGA